AUCGUUCCAAGGCAGACAAGGGCCGAGGGAGAAGAAGUGUCAUCGAGGUGGGAAGCAUUAAAAAAAUGCUGAAAGAGUUGGUGAAGGAGCGACUCAUGGCGGCGGCUGAUGAAAUAUUGGCGCUGUUUGAAAGAACGAUAGCGUCCUACGAGGAGGAACUUUUCCGAACGAGAGAGCAGAACGAGCGACUUCGGCAACAACUGGAAGCUGUUAGCAAGAAUGGAGUUUUGCUGCAACUUGAAGACGUCCAGCAGAUGAUCGGUCGUCAAGAAGAACAUCCCUCUCAGACACAGAGGGUGAGCUCUACUUUGAAGCAGGAGGGUCCCCAGUCCCCCCACGUUAAAGAGGAAGAGGAGGAACUCUGGAUCACUCAGGAGGGAGAGGAGGCCGAUCUCACCAAGUUGCCACUGACUGUCAUCUCUGUGAAGACUGAAGACCAUGAAGAUGAACCACAAGCAGACAAGCUCUUAUCUCCGCUAUCAGAUAGUAAGAACACAACAUCACACUCUCCUGAGGGUGAAGACAGGGACCACACCCAAGAAGCUCUGAGCAGCGAUACAGACAGUGAAGGUGAUGUGAGGACUCACGCUGACAACAAACACUCUGAAUGCUCGAUAAAGAAGACAGGUAAAACACUUUUCACCUGCUCCGUUUGUGCUAAAAGCUUUUCUUUUAAGAGCCUUUUGACUCAGCACAUGAGAGGACACACUGGAGAAAAACCUUUUAGCUGCUCAGUAUGUGAUGAACAGUUCUCUAGAAAGUCAUAUUUGGCAUCACACAUGACAACACACACUGGAGAAAAACCUUUUAUUUGUUCUGUUUGUGGGAAAGGGUUCUCUCAUAGGUCUAAUAUGGCAUCACAUAUGAGAACGCACACAGGAGAAAAACCUUUUAGUUGCUCAGUUUGUGGGAAGGGGUUCUCUCAACGGUCCAACAUGGCAUCACACAUGAUAACCCACACAGGGGAAAAACCUUUUAGUUGCUCAGCUUGUGGGAAGGGGUUCUCUCAGCGGUCCAACAUGGCAUCACACAUGAUAACCCACACGGGAGAAAAACCUUUUAGCUGCUCAGCUUGUGGUAAAGGAUUCUCUCAAAAGUCAACGAUGGCAUCACACAUGAGAACGCACACUGGAGAGAAACCUUUUUGUUGCUCAGUUUGCGGCGAACGAUUCUCUCGAAGGUCAUACAUGGUAUCCCACAUGAGACGACACAGAGGAGAACAAGAAGGGUUUGGCUCACCCUCAGAUAAGAAUAAGAUCAAUGACGAUGUUUGAACUUCAACAAGCAGUCUGCCGUGACAUGACUGGAACUUCCAGUGGUCUUUCUGACGUUCAAGCAUCCCAUAAUGCAAUCAAUAUCAUGUAUUGUUUAUGUGGUGAUAUGAAAUGUGAUAAUUGAAUGUUUCAAAGUAUCAUAAUGUCCGGGAUGUUUGUACAAUAAUGAAUGACACGAGAAGGGAAACUUUAAAUGUACUAUUUCAUGUACUCCCCCCAAAAAUGUUUUCUCUGGAAUAAA